UUGAAUUCUCGGGUGGUAUUUUUGCCACUCAUUCUCAAAACCUGCUGCAUUUUAUUAUAAUUUUGUUGUGUGAUUUCUAAGUUUUGUUUCAAAUCUGAUUCGAUUAUUUUUUUGGCUAAAAUUGGAAAUCUUUUGCUAAAUUUUUAUAUAUUAAAAUAUUGCAAAUAAUUCAGUCCGAAUAUGUUGCUCAAAAGCUGCAUAUUUUCAACGAUUUUUCUUUGGAUGAUCCACGCUAAUACUAGUGAGUUCUACAGCAACAAAGAAAAAUAUGUAAACGAAUACAACACUUCUAUCGACCCUCUCAAUAUAGCUUUCGUCGAUCCAAGAAUAACAAAGUCAAAAAAGAAAAUUGUUUCAUACCAUAAUCAUCUAAGAUCAAUAGUGCAACCCACAGCAUCAAACAUGUUGCGUAUGAGAUGGCAUAAGAAAGCAGCAAGUGCUGCUCAAAGAUGGGCCUCAAAAUGCAUCUUCCUAACUCACGAUGACGAUGCUGGAAGGUACAUAGACAAUUACGGAGCUUGUGGACAAAACAUCUUCGUAUCGACCUACAAAGUUAAUUGGUUUGAAGCGAUUAAAACGUGGUGGAUGGAGAAAAAUUUGUUCAUCUACGGCAAGCCCAAUCAAGAUUAUAGGACGAUUGGGCAUUACACCCAGGUGGUAUGGGCUACUACCCAUCGAGUAGGAUGCGGCUUUGCUGAAUGCUUUAGUGACACUGAAUUCGGAACGAAAGUGUUCUACAACUAUGUAUGUAACUAUUGUCCGGCAGGAAAUCGACGAGGAAAAGUCCAUAGACCGUACAAGAGGGGCGAACCGUGCAACUCGUGCAAAAGGCACUGUGGGAAAAAUAAACUGUGCCAGAAUGGGUGCAAUGCAGCCGAUCACUAUUCUAAUUGCAGGGAUUUAUUCAAAAGGUUUCCAACGUGGUUGUGCUCUACUGAUACUAGAGAAGGUAUGGAGAGAAAAAAUAAUUGUUUGGCUACUUGCACUUGUCGCCAUAAAAUAUACGACUAAAUUAGUUACAAAACUGUGUAAUUAUUUAAACAAACUAGAUAUAAAUAUUUCAAGAA